UGAAGCAUGUCAUUUCCGCAAAGUGAACAACUUCCGUUUGGUUACGUGUUGUAUGUGAACCCGCUACUUUAAGAUAGGGAAACCGGUCUCGUGGAAGAAUAUUACGUAUAAUACAUAAUGAAAUUUAUAAAUAAAUUUCUCUAUUUUGUUACGAUAUUUGGAAUAGUGAAUGCUGGAGGACCGACACUCGUUUUAUUAGAUAAUUUAGCUAUAAGAGAAACGCACUCCAUAUUUUUUAAGACAUUGCAAGAUAAUGGAUAUAUAUUAACAUUUAAAUUAGCAGAUGAUGCUAAUCUGCAGCUUUCUAAAUAUGGAGAAUAUUUAUAUCAACAUUUAAUAAUAUUUGCUCCUUCUGUAGAAGAAUUUGGAGGAGCAUUAAGUGUUGAAACAAUAACAGAUUUCAUUGAUGGUGGUGGUAAUGUCUUAGUUGCUGGUUCAUCUCAAUCAGGAGAUGCUCUACAUGAAUUAGCAUCAGAAUGUGGUUUCGAAAUUGAUGAAGAAGGUUCUGCAGUCAUUGAUCAUUUAAACUAUGAUAUUUCUGAUAAUGGUUAUCAUACAAAAAUAGUAGCAGAUCCUGCCAAUUUGAUAGAUGCUCCUGCAAUUGUUGGAAGUAAAAACAUAAAUUCUUUACUUUACCAAGGAACUGGAUUGAUUGCAGAUACAGAAAAUCCUUUAAUUUUACGUUUAUUAACAGCAUCUAGUUCAGCAUAUUCAUAUAAUCCACAGAAUUCUAUAAAAGAGUAUCCUCAUGCAGUAGGCAAAAAUACAUUGUUAAUUACAGCUUUGCAAGCUAGAAAUAAUGCCAGAGUAGUAUUUUCUGGUUCUUUGUAUUUUUUUAGUGAUGAAGCUUUUACUAGUCCUAUUCAGAAAGCUCAAGGUGGUCAAAAAUAUUUAAAAUCUGGAAAUGAAGCCGUAGCAACAAUGAUUGCUCGCUGGGUGUUUAAGGAAAAUGGUGUGAUACGUGUUUCCUCUGCUCAUCACCAUAGAGUAGGAGAAUCUGAACCUCCAGCAGCUUAUACAAUUAUGGAUGAUGUAGUUUAUUCUAUUGAUGUUCAGAAAUUAGCAGGAGAUAAAUGGAUUCCUUAUGAAACCAAUGAUCUACAAUUAGAAUUUGUUAGAAUAGAUCCUUUUGUUCGUAUGACUAUGAAACCUGUAGGUAAUGGUCGAUAUGAAGCAAGAUUUAAAAUUCCUGAUGUCUAUGGUGUUUAUCAGUUCAAAGUAGAUUAUACUCGUAUUGGUUUAACGCAUUUAUAUAGUACCACUCAAGUAUCUGUCCGUCCUCUUCAACACACUCAAUAUGAACGUUUUAUACCUAGUGCAUUUCCCUAUUACAUAAGUGCUUUUUCGAUGAUGGGUGGAGUAUUUUUAUUCUCUUUGGCAUUCCUAUAUUAUAAAGAAGAUACAAAACCGAAGUUUGAAUAAAUUUAUUAUUAAAAAAAACAUAUUAAUUUAUUAGUUAUAUAAAUACAUUAUUUCAUUAUAA